AUGGGUCAAGGGCCAUCUUCUGGAAGUGGUUCUGGUGGAGAGAAGAAAGAUGACAAGGAUAAGCGUCGCAAGUACGAGCCCCCGAUCCCGACUCGUGUCGGCAAGAAGAAGCGUCGUACCAAGGGACCAGAUACUGCCAAUAAAAUGCCCCAAGUCACGCCGCACACUCGGUGCCGCCUGAAAUUGUUGAAGCUUGAAAGAAUCAAAGACUACUUGCUCAUGGAGGAAGAAUUUAUCGAAAAUCAAGAGCGCUUGAAGCCCCAGGAAGAACGUAAUGAGGAAGAAAGGAAUAAAGUCGAUGACUUGCGCGGUACACCGAUGUCAGUUGGCAGUCUCGAAGAAAUCAUCGACGAAAAUCACGCAAUUGUGUCGACUUCAGUGGGCAGUGAACACUACGUCUCAAUUUUGUCUUUCGUGGACAAAGACGCUUUGGAGCCAGGUUGCUCUGUUCUCCUGAACCACAAGGUUCACGCCGUUGUUGGUGUACUGAGUGAUGAUACGGAUCCAAUGGUGACCGUGAUGAAGCUGGAAAAAGCCCCGCAAGAAACAUACGCCGAUAUUGGAGGAUUGGAUACGCAGAUACAAGAAAUAAAGGAGAGCGUGGAAUUACCUUUAACUCAUCCGGAAUUGUACGAAGAGAUGGGAAUAAAGCCCCCGAAAGGUGUAAUCCUCUACGGGGCACCCGGAACAGGAAAAACUCUUUUAGCCAAGGCUGUGGCGAAUCAGACCUCGGCGACUUUCUUGCGGGUCGUCGGAUCCGAACUCAUCCAGAAAUAUCUCGGUGAUGGACCUAAACUGGUGCGUGAGCUGUUCAGAGUCGCAGAAGAACACGCGCCGUCGAUCGUGUUCAUUGACGAAAUCGACGCUGUUGGCACGAAAAGAUACGAGUCUAAUUCCGGCGGAGAGCGUGAAAUUCAACGGACGAUGUUGGAGUUGCUCAAUCAACUCGAUGGCUUUGAUUCGCGUGGAGAUGUCAAGGUGAUAAUGGCGACGAAUAGGAUUGAGACUCUGGACCCGGCUUUGAUCCGCCCAGGGCGAAUCGAUCGAAAGAUCGAGUUUCCUUUGCCCGACGAGAAGACAAAGCGACGCAUUUUCACCAUUCACACUUCCCGCAUGACUCUGGCGGAAGACGUGAACCUCGAGGAGUUGAUCAUGACUAAGGAUGAUUUAUCUGGCGCCGAUAUAAAGGCAAUUUGCACCGAAGCCGGCUUGAUGGCGCUUCGUGAACGUCGCAUGAAGGUGACGAACGAAGAUUUCCGGAAAUCGAAGGAGAACGUUCUGUAUAGGAAGAAAGAGGGAACACCGGAAGGGCUCUACCUUGGCGUCCGCAGUAAACGGUUGAACUGUGUUGUUUUUUCUCCCUCAUAUUCAACUGAGAAGAAUAUUUUCUCCAUCUCAUCCAUUCCGUUUUUCGCAGGUGUUGGUGACGAAGUACCCGACGACGACGUCAGUGUUGAAAAAAAAAUUUAUUCUUGUGAAGUGUCGGGCGUUCAAGUGAGAGCAAAUAUGACAGCAGUGGCUGAUAAAGUAGAAUUAGAGAACAAAGAGGAGGAAGAGGACGAUGAGGAAAUUGACGACGGAACAGCAGCGACGAACCCGGAAGCAAAAAAGAAGCGAAAGAAAAAGAAGAAGAAAAAGACUGCCGGCGUGGAAGGUGAUGCUCUGAACGGGAAAACCCCCGGGGAAGUUGAGCAGUUGAGCGAUUUGCUGAAAACGACGUCGGUGACGAAUGGAGACGAAGUGGGUGAUGCGGAAGAGGAAGAAGGUGGAGAUGGGAAAUCCGGGGGCAAGAAGAAGCGUCGAAGAAAGCCGAAAGCCAAGAGUGACGUUAAGCCUACAGUUGCUAUCGUCGAUCAGUUUAAGGGGAAAACUUAUCCGAAAGGCCUGGAAAUGGAAUACCCAACGGUCACCGACGGCAGGACAGCAGCGCAGCGCGUGACGAAAGAAGAACAGAAGGCCGUGGAAGCAAUGAAUACCGAGUGGUACGAAGAGCUGCGAAUCGCGGCAGAAGCCCAUCGUCAGACGAGAUUGUACAUGCAAAACUGGAUCAAGCCCGGCAUGACGAUGAUCGAGAUUUGCGAAGAGCUCGAAGGCACUGCUCGUGGUUUGAUCAAGGAGAACGGCCUCAAAGCCGGACUGGCCUUCCCCACGGGAUGUUCUUUGAAUCAUUGUGCUGCGCAUUAUACCCCGAAUGCUGGAGACACUACUGUUCUCAAGUUCGAUGACGUUUGCAAAAUCGAUUUCGGUACCCACGUGAACGGACGCAUUAUUGACUGCGCUUUCACUCUAUGCUUCGACCCGAAAUUUGAUACUCUUUUGAACGCCGUGAAAGACGCAACGAAUACUGGCAUUCGGGAAGCAGGGAUUGACGUGAGACUAGCUGACAUUGGGGCAGCUGUUCAAGAGACUAUGGAGUCUUACGAACUUGAGCUGGAUGGGAAGGUUUAUCCGAUAAAGCCGAUCAGAAACUUGAAUGGUCACUCGAUAGCACCUUAUCGAAUCCACGCUGGGAAGACGGUUCCGAUAGUGAAGAAGUCUGGCGAAACUGACAUAAUGGAAGAAAAUGAAGUGUAUGCCAUUGAAACGUUCGGUUCGACUGGACGAGGCGUGGUUCAUGACGACAUGGAGUGCUCGCAUUAUAUGCGAGAGCCGAAUGCCGGCCACGUUCCUCUGAGGCUGAGCAAGAGCAAACACCUGCUGAAUACGAUCCAGACCAACUUUGACACACUCGCUUUCUGCAGACGAUGGUUGGAUAGACUGGGAGAAGAAAAGUAUUUGAUGGCUCUGCGGGAUUUGUGUGAGAAAGGUCUGGUCACGUCCUACCCACCGCUGUGUGACAUCAAAGGUUGCUGGACAGCCCAGUGGGAACACACGAUUCUUCUCCGGCCUACAUGCAAAGAAGUCUUCUUCUCGGUGGAUGAAAUGGAGGAAGAAUCCUUCACAUCCGAAGAACUCUCGGAAUUACUGAGAGGACUGCAUGGGUUGUUCGGAGAUCCUGGAGAACUCCUUGUCGAAGGCUCCAUCGAAGAUGAAUUGUUAGAGUUCGACGAACUGCAUGAUGCCUACCAUUACGUCAAGCCUUUUGUACCGUCCAUCAUAUUAUCGCCUUUCAGUUCGCCGCUGCGAUUCUCUCCCACGAAGCGAGUGAGUGACGUGAAAGACCAGAGUCCGAACGAUGGCUGGGGUGCGACGAUGCAGCGAAUACCGCGGACGUCGUCGCCGUUGAAGGCCUGUCACUUGCCCGUCGUUGAUUAUUCGCCAGUGACGGAAGAUCCCGACGAAGGGAUUCCGUUUGUGGCGAACGAGACGUUCCAUGUGCCUAAUGGGAAUGGACACGAGGCCGAGUCUCCUGCCAUCUCGUCGCCCGACGUGAAUGCCACUUUUAGCGUGACUUCCGGUUCUGAUUCUGGUGAUCACGCGCCAGAAGGGAAUCUACUCAACGACACCAUUGUUCUCAACGGUCACUCGGGAUCAGAGCGAGGAAUGGACACUUUUGUGCAACCUCAUCGCCUUGGGUCUCAGGAAUCCAUAAGCAGUGGUGUCUCGCUCGAGUCAAGUGACUCAAUACCUAAUGAUAAAAAUCUCACUCUAGGCCGAAGUAUGCCAGAUUUGGCGAUCAAGUCGAGGCUAAUUCAAAUGCAAGGCAAUAGAACCCGUGGGGGCUUGGGUCAAAUCCGUGAGUCAGCAUUGCCGCAACGAGGAAGACUAGCUGCAGCCGUGGGACGGUUACCAGCACCCAGAAUGUCCGCUCUUCCUUUCGCAGCUGGACAACGCACUGCUCCAGCUUACAGGAGCGAUACAAAGUUGAAUGAAGUUCCGAGACUCGCGAGGCCGUCACUGGCGAUGAAUGGUCGGUUGCCUAGGCCGCAGUCGGGCAUUGCCCGAGGCGGUUUGCCGCAGCCCAAGACGAUGACCAGACCUGCAAUGCCCGUGGAACCAGAGCCUCAGCAUUUCCAACCUCCGCCCCAGCGUCCAGCACCAGCAAGAGGUCUUGUGGCCCCAAACGACAAAUAUGCCACAUUCAGAAAGCCUUCGUCUGCUUUCUCGCAAAAUGGCGCAGUACCGAGCCUGAACACGACUGUGAAUAUUUCAAACGCGGAAUCCGCGUUGCCAACUCGGGGAUCGCUCAUGCCUAGACCCGGAGCACCCAGACCCAGCAAACUUCCCGGCCCAGGUGCAAGAUUUGCCAAACCUCCUUUGCAAAGUUCGAUUGACGUGAACGGGACGUUCCGAGUGGAUGCAACGAGGAAGCAGAGACCGCCUUUGCAUAUCCCGCGAUGGGACGAAGACUGUUACUGAAAGACUGCCUGAUCAGUGAGUGAGUCUCUCUGGGAAAUCUCGGGGGACGAAGGGCUUCCUUUCACUUCCGUCUGAGAGCGAAAAUUCUUUCCACUUACCUACAACCCCAUCCUUCUUGUCAAAAGGAUUUCAAUUGUUAUUUAUUAUCGGAAAUGCUGAAUUUUUACAAGAGGUCUCCGAGCCGACCCGGAAGGAAAUUCAGAGCAUUUUCGAGGUCCAGUGAUGAAACGAAAGGUUGAAGAUUUUCUCGGUCCUGAUUCUGUGUCGGCAGUUUCUGUAACGCACUUCUAUCUUUGCUUGCGUCAAGUGGAAGGAAUUUUUCGUUCAUGAAAUUUACGAAAUCUUAUGGAAAUCAGUGGAUGUUUUGCUGUGGAAAUAUUUUUUGCUUCACUGUCCGAGAGAAAGGGGAAUGUUUUCGUAUGCAGUCGAAGAAAAGUUCGCGUCGUCGUUCGAAUGGCAAGUGUUGAAGUGUCGCUAAUGGCUUUUGUGAUUCUUGGAAUUUUUUUUUUUACGUGUCAGUGUCGUAAUUUCGUCGUGUUUUGUGGCUAAAAUUGUUUUUGUGACCGGCUUUCGUUUCGGUUUUUUUUUUGUUGUGCGCGGUGUUUGUUCGUAAAAUUGCCGAGGAAUCAUGUUGAAAAAAAAAAAAACCCCCCGACGUUAAACGGGAAUUUGAAAGUUCAAAAUUCCGUUGGCUAAAAAUGUUUUUCUGUGUUCUACGACUCAUUUUGAGUUCAUAACUCGUUUAUUCCUUCUUUUGUUUUCACGGCUAUAAUAUUAAAAGCAAUUAUCAAAUUCGUUACUUCUGAUUCUGAAUGAUUUUUCGAAAAAUCCGAAGCUCAGGAUGUACGUCGUCGAGAACGAAAGAAAUUACGGCGUUCAAGUUGCAGUUCGAUAUUUUUUUUUUGAAUUUUAAAAAGAUUUAUCACGUAAUUACAAAAUUUAGAAAAAAACUGUUUUAUAAAGAAAUCUAGCUUGAUUUUGAGUUUUAUUAUGAUUUUUUCUGACUAUCGCCGAUGGUAAAUCGUGUGGAUUUUAUGUUACUAAAAAAUUUCUGUCAUACUGAUUUUAAAAGUGCGUUCGAGUUUUGCUGAAGAUAUUUUCUUGAAAUUAUUCAGAAGUAAGAAAGACCUGGAAGGCAAUAUCUCGAAUACCAAUUUUGCAACUUUUUUUUUUCUCGAAAAUUCCUUUGGCUUUAAAUUACCGGUUGCAUUUAGCUAUCGAACAAUCAAAUGAAAAACGCGCGGAUGACCAAAUGCUUGAAUGAAAUUUUGGUCAUCUCGGGAAUUUCCUUGCAAUGAAUUUGUAAACGAAGAGAGAGAAAAAAACCUGGUUUCUUUCCUGCUUCUCGCGUGAGAACCAUAGAAAGAAUUGUGAUCGUCGCGUGACCGCUCUUGACAUCUCGGCUCUGCUUUUGGUCCCGAAACGGAGCCAGAGAUAUUUAUUUUCGUGCUCCGAAGGCGGGAGGGAUCAAAGGCGAGGUAAUUUAUUCGGUCCCCGAACCAUGUGAUUAGGAGUUAUGCGCACCAGGGUGCGAUUAUUAUAUUUUUUUCCCUUGUAUUCGCCUGCGCUGUGAAUCUUUGUAAAUCGAGAAAAGGCUCUUUAUUACAACCGAUGCGAUGUUUUCCGAUUUUUUCGUAUUAUUUUGGGGG